ACCGCCUGUCGGACAGGAAGUCCCAGCAAGCAGCCCCAGAACCUGCGCAUCUGUCUUCAGCUUCUGCUCGACGCUUUCUUACUCACGUCCGGUGGUUCGCGUCAUAACGGAUUGAAAAUGCAGCGGAACAUCACCAAGUCCCAUGUCUUGAUCGUGGUAGUUUUUCUUGUCAUCCUGGUAUUUGUAUAUGGCUACUUCAGAGAAAGCUUUACAUCUAUCAAAUUUUGCAACCAGGUUUGUGUUGUCCCUGAGAAGGAUUUAUUUGAAAUGGAAAAUAAGCUUGAUGAGAUAGACAGGAACGAGGACGGACAGUGCCAAAAAGGCAGCUGGAAGACRGGCGAAAUGAUAAUGGAAUCAGGACUAAAAUAUGCUCAGCCAAGCACGCUGAUUGGACGGAGCGAUGUGAACGCCGUGACAAACUGGAACGCUCCUCUCGUCUGGGAAGGGACCUUUGAUCCUGUGGUCAUCGAUGCAAUCUAUAAGAGAAUGAACCCAAGAAUAGCUGUGGUGGUUUUUGCUGUUGGCAAGUACACUCGUUUUCUGCAGAAAUUUAUCGAGACAGGAGAGAAGUAUUUCCUUGUCGGCUUSAAUGUCACUUACUACAUUCACACAGACAGAAAAGACGAAGUCCCCAAGGUUCCUUUGGCUAAAGGCAGGAMGGUUACAGUUGUGUCCGUCCCAAGUGCACAGCGCUGGCAGGACGUWGUGCUGGGAAGGAUGAAAUGGGCGACCUCCACCAUUGAAACGACGAUCCGUAAAGAGGCGGAUUAUCUGUUCAUGAUGGACAUAGACAGCGUCUUCCAUAACCGGUUUGGAGCMGAGUCCCUCAGUCGUCUUUCAGCUGUCCUUCACCGGGGCUACUACAAGACGACGCCGAGGGACAGUUUUCCUUACGAGCGUCGACCUGAGUCCAAAGCCUUUAUUCCUGCUGGGGAAGGAGACUACUACUACACUGCAGCGGUGUGGGGUGGAUACCUGGAGGACAUGUACAAGCUCGUCAAGUACUGUUACGAGAUGUCAGAGGUAGAUGCCAAAAACAAGAUUGAAGCCGUUUGGCAGGAGGAGAGUCAUCUCAACAGGUACCUGUUGACCAACAAACCGACCAAGGUGCUGUCUCCAGAAUACCUGUGGUCUGACUAUGAUAAAGUAACGCCUGACAUUAAAGUCGUAAGGAUCUCCCAGUUGGUUAAGAACUACGAAGAAGUUCGUCCAAAUGGUGGACACUGAUGUUCAAACUUCAGAAGCUGGACUCAGGUUCUGCACAAUUUGCGUCUUUGUAGUUGUGGGGGUUUUUUACAUGACAAGAAAUUUCCGUCUUGUCAGGGGAUAUUCAUUACUGAACAUGAGUCAAUUCCUUCCAACCCGCUUUGAUUACCAACAACUUAAAUUAUUUUUCUAAAAUCUACUCAUAGCCUAUUGUAAGAAAAAAAACAAAAAAAAGUUAUAUGACUUUUGUGACCAUCUACCAGCAGGAUUUUGUUUUUGCAUCAUAACCAGGCUGCAAGAAGAGCUUCAAAAGCAAAACUGUUUGGGAACGUCAUUUGAAUGUGGAGCAACACAAGCAGAGCAUCUACAGAAGUCCUUCUGACAUUCUUUAACAACCAGAGGCUUGAGACACAAAAGUGAAAUGUUGAACCCUAAAAGCUUUGCGUCUGCUCUCAGCCAUGGGAUACAGUGGGAGGUUUGUGAUGUCCUAAACAAAUCCUUGACCCAAACUGAGGUCUUUAUUGGUGCUGGUUGCUGCCUACUGAACAUAAGAUGACCGCUGCAAGAGAAGGACUCGUUUUAGCUUUGUAUGGGACCGUUACAACCCCACCCCAAGACCCCGAAGCAAGUUCUGGCACUAGGUUUAACAUAAAAAUCAGUAAUCUGAACAGUCGAUGUCGGUAACAAAAAUAGUUUAUUUUACAAUUCUGGUAACAUCUCAACCACAGGAGACAGAACACAUAGGGAAGCUUUAAGCUUCAGGGUCUCCAAGGGCAAAACAACAAACAAAGCACCCCCCUUUUAACCAUAAAGUAAAACAACCACUUUCUAAAGAAGAACUAAAAGAAAAUACAGAACCUGAACUACCUGGCUCAACACAAAACAGGAGAAAACAGUUAACAAAAAUGGCAGAGAACCCCUACUGGCUUCCACUGUGAACAGAAAAACCUUGAACUUCAGUUAAACAGUAGAUCCCUCACAAUAUGCUCACAGUACAUCCACUCAAGUUCCCACAAACAGUCAGACUAGCUCACGUCAGAUCAAGGCCCAGGGUCGAAAGGGAUCUGGCAUCCUCAGCAUGAAGGUCUUUAUGGGGUGGCUGACGAGCUCCAACACAUUUCACCUGCGGCAGCCAGGUAGAGCUGAAACACAAACACAGAGACAGAGAGCCCUCUCAGGAAGAGAGCCCCUAGAGGUCAGUGACCGUAACAGGAACACUCAUGGCUCAAAACAGUUUCAUCAUCUCAGGAAGAAAAAUAAUCUGGUGGUUUCUAAUGUUACUGUUUCGCUCAUCUACUUUUGCUCCUCUUGCACAUGUUUCUUCUAAUUUGCAUUUUGAGCCUCAACUUACUACUGCAGCACAUAAUGUUAAUAUUUGUAACGUCACACCAGUCUUAAGACUUUGAUCAAGAAUGUAGCUACAUCUUUACUUCCUUGAGAAAUGAUAGGAAAUACAAAAUGGUUAAAGUACAUGAGUAGAGAGGAGAAUUUUUUACAGAUAUAAAAUCAAAUAUUAAGAAGCGAGGAGAUGAUAAUGUGUAGAUAUGCAAUAAGAUGAAUUGGAGGGCUGAGACUCUGGUGUUGGUGUUUUUAUAUACAGGUAAGAAAAUGUGAAUAUUUUGAAAAUGCUCUGUUUUUUGUUACUUAUUUCGGAAAAUGAAACUGCUAUAAUAAAGGUUCAUUACACACAGAGUGACAUAUUUAAAGCCUUUAUUUCUUGUAAUUUUGAUAAUUAUAACUUACAAAUGAUUGAAAAUACCCAAAUUAAGUGUUUGGGUAAGAUUGGUUUAAGAAAGGAACAGCAUGUUAUGGCCGUUACAUUUAUAAGUUAAAAAUACAUUUUUUUAAAAGUUGCAUUGGGUAAUAUUCUAAUAUAUGUAAUAAUCAUCAAAAUUACAAGAAAUGGAGAUUUAAUGUAUUUCACUCUGUAAUAAAUCUGUGUAAUGUGUGACUAAAUGUUUCACUUUCUGAAAUGAGAGAAAGAAAACAUUAAACUUGUUCAUAAUAUUCACAUUUUCAGAGUUGCAGCUUUAUAUUUUGUUUGUUUGGGCACAAAGGAUAAAACUGUUGGCGUCAGAAACCCUUGCUGCUAUGUCCAUAUACUGUUUACAAUUUAUUUACUAUUUGUUUUUACAUUUUUGUUAUUAUA